AUGGAAGAAACUUACAUUGAUUCCCUGGACCCUGAAAAGCUUUUACAGUGCCCCUAUGAUAAAAACCACCAGAUCAGGGCCUGCCGGUUUCCUUAUCAUCUUAUCAAGUGCAGAAAGAAUCAUCCUGAUGUCGCAAACAAAUUAGCCACCUGUCCCUUCAAUGCUCGCCACCAGGUUCCUCGGGCCGAAAUCAGUCAUCAUAUCUCAAGCUGUGAUGACAAGAGUUGUAUUGAGCAGGAUGUUGUCAAUCAGACAAGGAACCUUGGACAAGAGACUCUCACUGAGAGCACAUGGCAGUGUCCUCCUUGUGAUGAAGACUGGGAUAAAGAUUUGUGGGAACAGACCAGUACCCCAUUUGUCUGGGGUACAGCCAACUACUGUGGCAAUAACAGCCCUGCAACCAGCAUAGUUACAGAACAUAAGAGUAACCUGGCUUCAGGCAUGCGAGUUCCCAAGUCUCUGCCAUACGUUCUGCCAUGGAAAAAC